AAAAGGUUCAAACGCAGCGAUCCGAUAAACGAACACACAAAAUCAUACAAAGCACACGAACUAUCGAACUGCCAAAUGCUACAACAUCUCCAACAUGUUGGUAAACAAACAAUUACGGAAGCGGCAAUACAGUCAACACGCGAUUUGGGGAGACGGCGAGGCAGCUCACACAUCCCAUGUUGGAGCGAUAAAGAGAGAGAGGGAGAUUGAGUGGGGUAUGGAGAGCGCAACGUUGAAUGACAAUGAUCCAGAGCGCGGCGAUCAUUUGAAAUAAUUGGGCUUUGAAGGCACCACCGCUGCAUGAUCGACCUGCAAAGACAACUCAAAAAUUGCCGAGCAAAAGUUUAGAUGCGAAAAAAUCGCACGUUACAAACUAGUCGAGCGUAAAAAAAUCUCCCAGAUGCUAUGCAACGAAUAAAGAUUGCAGCCGACAUGUAGUUCAGUUGCAAGCGAUCGCGUGGGCAAAGCACAUGUGUGCAAAUGAGCGGGCGAGCGACUGUAACGGUAGCGCCUUGAAUUAAGUGAAGCAUCAACGUAAUCGUGUAUUCAUAUAAAUUUUUUGAUGCUAAUUCAAAAAGCGCAACAGGAUAUAUUAGGUUUAAUUGUCACGUGUACUGCAGUUGUUGUUAUUAGUAGAAACAUUGUUAGCUCGCCGCUGGCAAAUUUUCACGUGUGCAAGUGAGGAAAUUUCAUUUGCGAUGUGAAGAGCUGAAAUGAGUGAAAUAAAAAUGCAAAAUAAAGUUAUUGUGUAAGCUAAAAGCUAUUGAGUAAAAGUUGAAAAGUUGAGAUUUACCCUUCAUAAAACGCCUUAGUUAGGAUUGGAGGUCCAGCGGAAUUAAUACACAUUUGUUUUAGUGAAGUCAAUAGAAGCGAAAACCUGUGUGAAAAAUGUCCACAACCACAGAAGUAUCCACAACAGCGAUAGAUUCCACUACGCCGUUCGCCGGCAGCAGUAAUGGAGAUCUACUAGCGUCGCCAGCAUUAAAUAGCGAAGAGUUCAACAAUCUAACAUACGAUGAUGAAAACGGAAUAUUCACACAUCCCACAUUAACAGAAUACUACAAUAAUCUCACUCCUUUCGUCACACUAUGCAUAUUUGUCUCCGUCUUAACAUUUAUGCUCACCAUUUCCAUUUUUCUCACGACUUUGGCUAAACUUCGGCAACGUCUACGCAAGCCACUGCUCAUUCCUUCUAUAGCACUCGUGUCCUUGUACCCGCUCAUCAGUCUUGCAGCGUUGCUCACACUACUCUUUCCGAAGCUAUGGUUCACCUUUCACACUGUGAUGCAUCUUUCGUUUACGGUCGGCGCCGUCUUCUUCUAUCAACUCUGUGGUCAUUUUAUUGGUUCUGAAACCAGCUUUAUUAAAGAGACAGCGGGCAUGGCUGUACCGAUUAAGACGCCUCCAUGUUGUUGCUGUUGCAUAUGUUUACAAGGCGUGACGCCCACAAGGGGGCGAUUUGUGGUAUUGCGGUGUCUCGUGUAUCAAAUGCCAUUCGUACAAGGCAGCAUAAUGUUGGUAUUGAAUGGUAUCUUCUAUAAUGAUAUGGCAUUAUUCCACGAUGUACAAUACUAUUUUCUACCAUUCAUCAUUUCCUCUAUUAUACUCGGUUCAUGGGGUCUAAAUAUACUAGUGCGUGUGGUGAAUAAUUUACAUUCGGAUUACAGUACAACGAAAAAAAUGUUCGCGCUACAGCUGAUUUUGUUGCUAUGCAAGAUGCAGUAUCUCAUAUUGGACAAGCAGUUGGACAAAUUAUUACUGGGAGGCGACUACCCGAUGAAUCAUAUUAUCUAUAAGCAGUCCAUCAUUAACAGUUUGGUCUUGGUGGAAAUGGUUUUGGUGUCUCUAUUCGCUCAGAGCGCUUACAGAAUUCCAGUUAUAGUCGAUGAUAAUUGAAGACAUGCUGCUUAAACUAAAUACUUAACUUUAUAAUUAAUUACUAAAGUGAUGUACUUAAAUACGUACCUUAUUAGUAUAGUUUUUAUUUUGUGAAAGUAGUCUUAAUGUUAUUAAAUGUAAGUUCUAGUUAAUGUUUAGUAAAUUGUUACAGGCCAGGUAGCUUAAAAGUUAAAUUUUAGCACGAAUUUUUUGAAAUAAUAAUUAACAAAUUUCAGCACCAUUAAUUAUAUAAAUGAUAAUGAAAAAAAAUGUGAUAAAUAAAUAAUUUCAAUACAUUGUAAUCUAAAAUUAAUUAGAACUUUUUAUAAACAUACUUAGAUAUUUAAAUAGUGCAUAAUAUAUUAGAGUGAAACAAAUUAAAUAAAUCUAUAAUUAUCCAUAUACAUACAUAGCGUCUUACUCAAAAAUAUUUAAAAAAAAGAGGUAACUUUUGAAAUAUUAUGAGAAAUCGUAUUUACGGUGCAAACUGUCUCCUAGGUGGCUCAAAACAGCAAUUAUUGGUAAACCAAAUAUUAUAUAUAUGUACAUAAAUAUGUAAAUAUCAAUUACUUAAUCAGAAAGAAUCUCCUUUUCAGUACUUUUUUUUAUAAAUUAUUCAAAUAAAGAGUAGAGUUUGUUAAAGUCGUAAUUUUAUGAAAAAAAUUAACAGUUCAAAGGAAUAAAUUAUCAAAAGCACUGUAUAAUAAUUGACUGUGUAUUGCAAUCGUUUUCGACAGAUUGAGUCCCAAA